AUGACGCCGCCGGCCCUAGGCCAGGAGAUCUACAGCCGCGGGUUCCGCUUCUGCCCGACUCCACAGGAGGCGGUCACGCACUACCUACCCCGCCUCAUCUCCGGCGAGACGCUGCGCGAUGUCGUCCGCCCCGUCAUCCACCACGCCGACGUCUACGCGUGCGAUCCCGCCGAGCUCGCCCGCCGGUUCCAGCCCAUGCCAAGGACCGACGACCGCUUCUUCUUCGCGCCCUACAAGAACAAGGCCGUGCGCGCCGCCAGCUGCCCCAGCUCCUGGGCCGCGCACAACACGGCGGAAAUCAAGGACGACGAGGGAGUCCAGGUCGGCGAACUCAAGAAGUUGCGCUACAAGAAGUGUGGCGUCCUCACGGACUGGCUCAUGGACAUGUACUCGUCGUCGUGCGGCGACAACGACCAGCAGCAACAGUUCAUGUUCUGCAAGGUGUACGUGUCUCCCAGGGCUGCUUCGAGCUCCGACGCGCGCCACGAGUCCGCUGCUUUCUUCGCUUUGCCGCCGCUGCCGCCUGCCACGCCCGCCGCCAUCAUCGCGCAGUCCGCGGCCAAGAUGACAGCGCCUCCGCUGCCGCAGGCUGCCAUGCCACCGUGA